AUGCGCCCAAAACGCGACUGGGGCGGGGUACCAUUUGCUGAUCAAUCAGCUCGGAUCAUGGCGACUCACGUUCGGAAUGCUGUGACGCGCCAGCUAUCGCGGUCACGUGAGAUAGGACUGACUCCUCUGGACGCGGAUCCUACGGACAACCACCACGCAAACAAUAUUGGCACGUGUAGGAAGGAGGAAGUAUAUAUAGUGUACGCUGCUCUCGAAAACAUUUUAUUGACCCUCUGCUGCACGUUCAAUGUCCUCCGAGAAAGAGUCUUCCCUUUGGCUAAGCCAGUAUGGAGCACCGGCACUGAACAAGUCGAGGUUGAAGUUGUCGCCACAGGCGAUAUAUACCAUGUAGACAUCGACAUUGCCAAACGGAUGGGUAUCAUUCAAGGCAAGCACAUCUUCCUUAUCCGCGCAUACAUACGGCACUCUAACCUUGAUCUCUCAUCUUUCUCAAUUGAAAUAGAGGGAGCCAAUUCUGAAUCACCUUUAGACUCACAGGAUGUAGCACCCAAGAUUUUGAACGCGCGCUCACCUUCUGCGCUGAGGACCGCUCAAACAGCAACGCCGGUUGGCGCUCCUUCUCCUUCGGCCUCUUCUGAACCUGAAGCUGCACCAGAAGCGUCAACCUCGACAGUCCAAGUAGCUUUUGCGGAUCUGGCUAUCGCGGACGAAGGCGACGACGAUGACGAAGAAGAUGGCUCCGGCGAGGAAUACUCCGAUACGGACCCGACCGAUUUCGGUACCGCCAAUAUUCAAGCCGAGCGGGAAGAAUACGAGGCCAAGGAAAAAGGAAAAGAACAGCUCGGUCUCUAA